UUCAUCAACGAGAUGGUAAAGGAAGAGAAGAUAAAAAAAAAUGCAUGAAAUAAAGAAAAAUACACAUGAAUUAUAAGUAUUACAAAAUCACUUUAUUAUAAAGAUGGUUUUUUUCAGACAGUUUAACUGACGAAAUGAAUAAGUAUUUGGAGAAAUUGACCAAAUUAGCAGCAUGUUGUCAUUGGGGAUUAGUUAUAGUUGGUGCCUAUUUUGUACUAACUUUUCUGUCAGUGGGAUCAACGAGUGCAAUGGGAAUAUAUUAUAUCUAUAUAAUGGACAAAUUUGAAGUAAACUUAACAUCAACGACGGUUAUAGGAGCAUUGAAUACAGCAAUAGGACAUUCAGGAGCCAUUAUUGCAAUGCCCUUUGUUGAAAAGUUUGGGGAGCGACCUGUUAUGAUCUUUGGAGGAGUUUUAAAUCUAAUUGGAUACAGUGUGUCUACAUUUGUAACGUCAUUCCCUUUAUUAUAUACUACAAUGGGUAUAAUUCCAGGUCUUGGAAUAUCAUUUUCAAGGGUCAGUAUAGUAAUUGCAGUUAACAGAUAUUUCCAAAAAGCUAAAAUGCUUUCCGUGUCUUUUGGAGUAGUUGGUGCUUCUGUUGGUAUGCUAUCGUUUCCACUUCUAAUAAGGUCUCUUGCAGAGUCAUAUGGAUUGAAUGGUGCAUUGCUUAUUCAUGCUGGUUUGAGUUUCAAUUUAGUAGCGUGUGGAGCAGCAAUAUUUCCAACUAAAAGUAAACAACUUGUUGAAGAAAAUGGUGAUGAAGAUAAACAGAUAGCAUGUUGUAAUAAAGAGACUGUAGACAUUUCCUUUUGUGUGCAACCACCUUACAUAGCGUAUAUGAUUACAAACUUUCUGUUUAUGGCUGCAUUGUAUAUACCAAGCACUCAGAUUCCAAAACAUGCUGUGUCAAUUGGAAUAACUGUCAAGGAUAUUUCAUUUGCAAUAGCAGUUAGUGGAAUUGGAAAUAUGUUCGGUCGAAUCUCUUUCGGCGUUUUGUCACAUUUUUUUGAGUGUCAUGUGGUAAAAUUCUGGAUAAUUUGUUUGACUUGCAGUGGGCUUAUAAUGUUAAUGGUACCGUUUUCAACGAAAUUGGAAGAGUUUAUGAUCUUCAUGAUUAUUUAUGGAUAUUUUGAAGGAGCAUCUAGUGUCGGCUGGAAUAUUAGUCUGUUCAACCUUAUCAAACUUAAAUACUACGAAAGGGGAAUCAGCAUAGCUUACUUUGUAGCUGGAAUUGGACUAGCAGUUGGGAGUCCUUUUACAGCGUUCAUUAACGAUCGUUUCAGUUCACAUGGGAUAUCAUACUAUAUUGGAUGUGGAAUGUUUGUUUUAGGUGCUUUCAUAAUGAUUCCAUUUGCGUCAAUAUACGCCAAAACAGAUAACGUGUUUCCGCCGUCAAAAAAACAAAACGAACCUAACUCAUCUGUAUUUGAGAGUAAUAGUAAUAUUGAUUGUUCUAAAUGUUUUCCUGAAGUGCAGAUUUCUACAUAUAUGUAACACGAAUAAUGUGUAAGAAGAAAUGUAAAGGUAAAGGUGUUGUGUUCGAUUAAAAACAUUUAUGUAGUAUUGCUGUCAAUUUAAGAUGACAUGAUCAAUAAACGCUCUAAGAUUAAUAUUUUCUCUGACUUACUUUAUUAACCAAACGUUAGAUGAGGUUAGUGUAUUGAUAUUCCAACAGACAGUCGGUAUUCUAAUUGGUAUAUUGUGUAUCCCUUGCUACAAAUCAUGUAAUAUUAAAAGACUAUAAUUUUUUGAAAUAAUUAAUCUAUGAAAUCAUGGGCAAUAUUCGAUUUUUGUGUUGUUUCCGAUCUUAAUAGAUCAUGUGGAGAUCGGUAUAUGAACGUUCUUCACACAAAAUUAAGAAAUGAGUGUAGUUCAUUAAAUGGUGAUUUAUUUCGUUGUAAUUUGGUUCCUGAUCCAUCAUGUUUAAGUGGUUUUAGAAUAUAACAAAGUGCUCUCGACUAAUGAAAUUGUAGGAUUUGAUGUCUCUUAAUUGUGAAGAAUGGAUGUAAAUCAUGUUCUUAGUAAGGGAUUAUCCUAUUAUUUGGGUCUAUUUACAGUUCAAAACAAAGAGUUUCUAUAAAUGAGUUACAACUGCCCCGAAGCACAUUUAUGAGAUUUGAAAGGAUUUAUCACACAGUGAUUGAAACUGACUAAAAGUUGAAUUGUGAAACAAACAAAACAUCUAUAUAAGUUGAAGUUUACCGUUGCGGUAAAAUUGGGUCCGUGAAAUUAUUAUGAAAAUAUCAAUAACUUCAAAUUACUAAAAUAUUAAACAAUAUCAUAAGCAAUGCAAAAAAAGAAAAAAAGUUUUAAAAUUAAAAAAAACCUAAAUCUUUAGCUUUCCAAAACUUUGAUUAUUGGAUCACCGAUUGGGAAGAUUAGUUCUUUCCUAUAUUCCAAUAAAAUAAAAAACAAAACAAAAAAAAAAAAAAAAAAA